AUGUCUCGUCGCAACGUGGACAACUUCAGUACGCGCUUAAUCAGCCCUCCAUUUCGUCUCGUCUCUCAUCGAAAACACCUGGUGGGGCCCAUGUCGUCUGUCAUUCUGGCGGUAAGAAUCAGAGAACUUUUGGCGAGAUUAGGCUUGGCUAGGUUUGAGAUUGUCCAAGGGAGAAAGAUUGCCAGGAUGAUGUGGCAAAUGCGUCUAAAAAGUUCCGGCCGAAACCUUCGGGUAAUGGCUGCUUCUGAUGGUGUCACCCAGUUCGCCCCUGCGGUCAACGCUACUGCAGCUCUGGAGCUUGUGCUGUAG